GGCGGCUCCUACGUUAUUUAAAUGUUCCCGUUUGAACUUAAGGCUUCUGGUGUUGAAAUCACUGAAAUAUGUCUAUUCUCGCCACAGUUCAUCAGAAUUACUUCAUAAGCUGCUAAGAAGAGGACUUAUUAAGGAACUAUUUCCUGCAGAUCAUGAAAUAUCAUGCCAAGGACUUCCAUGUGCAUAUGGUGGAUUUGAUGCUACUGCUGAUAGUUUGCAUAUUGGUAAUUUGCUGGUACUCAUCUCAUUGCUUCAUUGGCAAAGAGCUGGUUAUAGAACUCUUAUUGUUGAUCUUGAAAAAUAGCUCAUGGUAUAAGGACCUUACUAUCACAGAUUUUUUUUGUGGAGUUGGCAGACAUAUUCGUGUGGGUGAAAUGCUGUCCAGAACAAGUGUUAAAAGUAGAAUGGAGUCUGGUGCUGGAAUCAAUUUUGCAGAGUUUAGUUAUCAAGCUUUUCAAUCAUAUGAUUGGCUGCAUUUGUUUAAAAACUACAAUUGUCGUUUCCAAAUUGGUGGCAGCGAUCAACUAGGAAACAUUGUUUCUGGAUAUAAUUUAAUUUCUGGAUGCCAGUAUCAGCAUGUGUAUGGAUGCUUACUUCCACUCAUACAAUCAGAAUCUGGAGACAAAUUUGGAAAAUCGGCCGGAAAUGCUGUUUAUAUUUCUCAACAAAGGACAUCAUUUUUUGAUUUUUACCAAUUCUUUUUAAGGCUUCCUGAUGCUGGCAUCGACAAAUACUUAAAACUUUUCACCUUUUUGAGUUUAAAUGAAAUAGAAGAUAUAAUUCAGAAUCACAUGAAAAAUCCUGAUGCUCGGAGAGCUCAAAGAAUACUUGCUGAAGAAGUAACGUUAUUAGUCCAUGGAGAACAAGGAUUGGCACUAGCAGAGACCGCUACAAAAGUGUUAUAUCAGUCUGACUUAGCGGCUUUAGCAAAGCUAAAUAUUGAAGAAUUAAGACUUAUAUUUCCUUCAUCUACUGUCUCAUACAUUCCAUAUGAGCCUGGAAUAUCAUUUUUAGAUCUGUCAAUGAAAGUUGGGUGCUUCAUAUCAGAAGGUGAUGCUAAACGUAUUAUUUCAAGUGGUGGAUUAUACAUAAAUUUUACUAAAAUAUCUUCACCUAGUGCUGUGAUAGUCCCAGAUAUUCAUAUUUUACCUAAUAAAAACAUCAUUAAUUAGAGUUGGUGAGUAAACAUUUAAAAUAUGUCUUUUUGCAAGU